GUACGAGUAGUCGCGCAAAAGUUUAUUAUAAAAUUUCGCAUUUCUCACCUGUUUACCUUGUUUACAUACUAGAAAUAGUAGUACUAUGUCUAUGCUUGGCGCACAAAAUUCCACACAGCUACGUUUGACUGGUCCAUGAGUUGUCCUCAGGUUCAAUGCUUCCCUUUCAGUCAGUGCCAGCCAAUAUGCCAUGUAAACUGAUAAUUAAUGCAGAUGACUUUGGCUACUGCACAGACAGAAAUAGAGGAAUAUUAGAAGCCUUUAAAGAUGGAGCUAUAACAAGUGCAACUGUCCUCAUCAAUGCAAGAGAUACUUCAGAGGCAAUCACCAUAGCAACACAGCAUAACAUUCCCAUAGGUCUCCAUCUUAACCUUACUGAGGGUUACCCAGUGUCAGUCACGUCAAGGUCACUCACUGAUCCCAGCUCUGGGGCCUUCUUAGGAAAAUCUGGAAUCCGAGAGGCCCUUUUAGAAAAUAAAAUCAAUUUUGAUGAAGUGAAGGAUGAGAUCGAGGAACAAAUAAAGUUGUUUGUUGAUCUGAAAGGGGAAUUACCAACUCAUAUGGAUGGCCACCAGCACGUUCAAGUACUACCAGGUAUAUGUGGAACAUUAGCAGAGUGUAUGGUUAAAUAUGGUAUCAAAAAGACGAGAGUUCCUUAUGAAGUUGUACUCGGUUCUAGCGGAUGGAUUGACAAGCCUCAGUUUCAGUUCUAUCAAAGUGUCAACAAAGAUGCUGAGUUGGCGGAAUCUGUUUUCAGAAACAAAGGAAUAAACUUUACACAUGGAUUUGUUGGCAUGACAACUAUGGGUUCUGAUAUGACAACUGAGAGGCUGAAACAUGCAAUACAAACAACAUGGCAACAACUUCAUCAAGAAAACAAUGAUGCUCAAAAAUUUCAACAGGAAUAUACUGUUGCUCAAAAGGAUAAUCCAAUUCAGGAUGACAUAUUUAUAGAGCUUAUGGUUCACGUUGGAUACCCAAGUAAUCAAAGUAACAUCAUUUGGAGUUCAAUGCAGAACAAAAAUGGCGUCACAUACAAGAAUGAACCAAUCAGAAACAAGAAUGAUGGUCCUGAUGAGUUUUCUUUAUCAGCCGAUCGAAUUCAUGAAAAAAAUAUUUUAUCCAGUAAAAACAUGAAAGAGUUUUACAAAGAUAACAACAUUGAAAUGGCUUCAUUCAUUGACCUCAUAUAGCACUGUUAGUACUUCAAAGUAUAACACUUCAAAGGAAUACAUGUACUUUCAUUCAGUUUUGAUUGAUAAAAGAAAGAAAGGUCAAUAGUUUUGACUGUUGACUAUUAGAAAAAGUGACAUU